AUGGUCACGGUUCGUGCAGCUAUGCUCGCUUCCGUCGUGUUGCUAGUCGGUGCCACCCUCAGCGGGACAUCAGCUGAAGAUUCGUGGAACGAAAUGGUCCAGGACGAUACUGGCGCGAAGGACCAAACGCCUUCGGAGACUCCAAGCUGGGAGGCCGACGAAAAUGGCGGCGACGACAAGAACGGCGGGGACGACAAGAAUGGCGGCGACGACAAGAAUGGCGGCGACGAUAAAAAUGGCGGGGAUGACAAGAAUGGCGGAGAUGACAAAAAUGGCGGAGAUGACAAGAAUGGCGGAGACGACAAGAAUGGCGGAGAUGACAAGAAUGGCGGAGACGACAAGAAUGGCGGAGACGACAAGAAUGGCGGAGACGACAAGAAUGGCGGAGAUGACAAGAAUGGCGGGGAUGACAAGAAUGGCGGCAAGCAAGGUUUGAGUGUCUUUGAAGUCACGAUGCCAUCCACCGGUAGCGGAGGAAGUACGUCAUCCGUUAGCGGCGGAGGAGGAAGCAGCAAAUCUUCGAGCGGCGCGGGCAAACUGCCCGAUGGCACUUGGCCUACAAGUACCGGCUCCGUCAAGUUCUCGGAACCGCAUGUGAUCAAGGCUGGCGAGGUCUUUGAUGGCAAGAUGCAGACGUUCGAUCGGUCCGACGUCAAGUGCACCGAUGGUGAAGGUCAGGCCAAAGGGGCCGUGUUCCUCUUGGAGGCUGGUGCGACCCUCAGGAACGCCAUCAUUGGCCCGGACCAGAAGGAGGGCGUGCAUUGUGAUAAGCACGAUUGCACCAUUGAGAACGUCUGGUGGGACGACGUGUGUGAAGACGCGCUGAGUAUCAAGGGCGGUACGUCCUCUAGCAUAAGCACCGUGACAAACAGCGGGGCACGGUCUGCCAAUGACAAGGUGGUGCAGCACAACGGUCCCGGUACAGUCACCAUCGACGGUUUCUACGCAGAAGAUUUCGGCAAACUCUACCGUUCGUGUGGCACUUGCGGUGACGUUCCUCGCAUUGUGAAUUUGAAGAACGUCUUGGCCGUGGACCCGCACGUGAGUGUCAUCACAGUGAACAAGAACUACGGCGACAAGGCGACGUUGAGCAACAUCUGGGUCACGUCGAAGAAGAAAAAGGUCAAGGUGUGCGCCUGGUCACAGGGAAGCAAAGACCCGACAAAUCUUGGCGACGGACCGUCUCCGCCAUUGUGUGACUACUCGGAAAGUGACGUGCACAUCAACGAAGGGACACCGUCAGGGGGGAGCUCGAAACCAAGCGAGUCUUCGAAAGUGCCUUCCCAAGACGGCGGCGAUGACAAAAACGGAGGUGAUGACAGAAACGGAGGCGACGAUGUCGUUGACCAGAACGAUGGCGGUGACAAAAAUGAUGGCGGUGACAAAAACGGAGGUGGUGACAAAAACGGAGGUGAUGACAAAAACGGAGGCGACGAUGUCGUUGACCAGAACGAUGACGGUGACAAAAACGGAGGCGAUGACAAAAACGGAGGUGAUGACAAAAACGGCGGCGAUGACAAAAACGGCGGCGAUGACAAAAAUGGGGGCAAUGACAAAAAUGGGGGCAAUGACAAGAAUGGAGGUGGUGACAAGAAUGGAGGUGAUGACAAAAACGGUGGUGAAGACAAGAAUGGAGGUGAUGACAAAAACGGAGGUGAUGACAAGAAUGGAGGUGGUGACAAAAACGGAGGCGAUGACAAAAACGGAGGUGGAGCUGAAUACGGUGGUGGUGAAGUCGGCGGCGACGAUGGCGCCGAAGUUGUUGACCAAAACGAUGACCAGAACGAAGGUGGUGACAAAAACGGUGGUGGCGGUGGCAAAAGCGGCGUCGAAAUCAAGAAAAGCUCGAGUGGUGGAGGCGGUAGCUCGCCCUCUUCCGGUGGAGGCAAAGUCCCUGAUGGCACGUGGCCCACGAGCACUGGAACAGUUCAGCUCAAGGAAGCUCAAGUCAUUAAAGCCGGCGAGGAUUUCGACGGGAAGAUGCAGACGUUCGAGCGCUCGGAUGUCACGUGCGCCGGGCAGAAAGAGAGUGGGUCGGACACUGCCGUGUUCCUCGUCGAAGCUGGGGGCACGCUCCGCAACGCCAUCAUCGGCAAGAACCAAAUGGAAGGCGUGCACUGCGAUGAUCAUGACUGCGUGAUUGACAACGUCUGGUGGGACGAUGUCUGCGAGGAUGCGCUCAGCAUCAAAGGGGGUACGGCAUCCAGCGUGUCAAGUGUCAUCGGGGGUGGCGCUCGCCAGGCAGACGACAAGGUCAUUCAGCACAACGGCCUUGGCACCGUCAAGAUUGAUGGGUUCUACGGUGAGGACAUUGGCAAGCUCUACCGCUCGUGUGGCACGUGUGCUGACAAGGCCCGAAAGGUGGAGGUCUCGAACGUGUACAUUGUGAACGCUAACAAUGCGGUUGUGACGGUGAACAAGAACUGGGGCGACGAGGCCACGCUGAGCAACAUUUGGGUCAAGUCCACCAAGGACAAGGUGAAGAUUUGCCAGUGGUCGCAGGGCAGUAGUAGCGGCGAGCCAUCGACGCUGGGUGAUGGACCGUCGCCACCGCUCUGUCAGUACUCGGAGAGCGAUGUGCACAUUAACGAAGACGUCUCGAAGGCAACUGGCGGUACUUCGAAGCCCAGUAAAGGCUCAUCAGCUCCGGAUGUGUCCUCGGGUAGUGAAAAUGCUGAGCAAGGGCCUGCUGUCGUGGUCCCCGCUGGUGGUGAGGGCGACGAUAGCAAGAGCAAGGGAGGAGAGGAUGAGGGUGAAGAGAAGGGUGGGGACAAGGAGGGUGGGGAAAAGGAAGACAAGAAGGACGAGGACAAGGAAGACAAGAAGGAUGACGACAAGAAGGACAAGAAGGAUGAUGACAAGAAGGAGAAGAAGGACGGCGACAAGAAGGACAAGAAGGAGGACGACAAGGAGGACGAGGAGGAAAAGAAGGAUGAAGGACCUGAAGAAUUGUUUUCCCCCGUUGAAGACAGCGUUACGCAAGAGGAAGUUGCAGGGGAAGCUAAAGCUUGGAAUAGCACGGCCGGCGGCUUUUCGCUCGAGGAUGAGUCGGAAUCUUCCACGAAGAUUUCUCCGCCACCAUCCGCGUCAAAGUGCAACGUCCGUCGCAAGAGGAACUAG